AUGAGUACGAUAUUUUAGGCAUCUAAUGUAUAGAACUUAUCACUGAGAAAUUCCAAAGUUACUAUUUUAUCAAAAAAUAAAUCAGAUUCAUCAAUCUUAAUAUUUGAUACUGAUUGCCUAGUUUUUAGAGAAUAUUAAUUAACUUGUUUGAAAAUACAAAGUGUAGUCUGUGAUCCAAAUUUAUAGUUUCUACUAAUGUUUGAAGAAUAAGAAUAGGAUAAAUUAACUAAUCUUUAUUCUGCCUCAUUAGAAAAAUCUUUUACUCCUAUAGCAAAGAUAACAAUUCCAUCUACUAAAUUCAUAAUGGUUGAUUGGUGCAAUAGUAGAAUUUGUGCACUUAUAUUCUAAAAUGACCUCAUCUUAUAUGAUAUUUUUUUAAAUAAAAUCAUCAAGAAAAUAUAAUCCGAUUUUCAUUAAAUUUCAUAAUUUACAAUAUCAAGGAAAUUUGAUUAAAUCUUUUGUGAAUUUUAAUAAAAUAUUAAUACUUCAUUAUGUUUAGUAUUACCUGUUGAAAAUUAGGCUGAAGUAUAAAAGUUUGAUAAUUGUGUGGCUUGUAAAUUAAUGGAAGAAUAAGACUAAGAUUAACUUUUAUUGAUUCAAUAUAAAUCUAAUAAUUUAUUCAUUUUAUUAGCAAAAUUUGAUGAUGGAUUUAAAAUAGAGAGAGAGAUUUAGCAAAAUUUAUCAGAUCCUCCUAAAGGUAUUAGAAAAGUUGGAUACCGAAAAAACAAAAAGGAAUUACUCUUGAUUGAUUCAUCUUCAAAUUUGCACAUUUAUUCAAUAAAUUCUAAUUACUAAAUGUAGUAACAAAUUAAAUGUAUUUCUAAUAUAGUUUAAUUUAAUAUUUCACUUUUAGAUGAAAAUUUAAUAAUGUUAGACAUUAAAAAUCAAUUAAUUUUUGAAAAUUUACCACCAGAUAUAUCAAUAAGACCUCCAUAUCCAGUAUAAUCUUUGACAAUAGCUUCUCAAGUUAAGAAGAGAGCUAUGUAAGGAAUUUUAACUGAUCAAAGUAAUCUGUAAUCAUCUGAACUGUUGAUAUAGUAAUAUCAUUAAGAUUUUGAGAACUUAAGCCCAAAAUUUACAAGUUUAGUAAUUUUAAAUCCUUAGUUUCGAUUUUUACCUUUAGUAGAUUAUAGAGUUUUAAACCUUAAUUAUCAAUCAAAUUAAAAAUUCAAGGAAUUAAUUCCUAAGAUGGAAACAUAUGCUGAAACUCAAAGUGUUAAGAAACAUUUAAUUUAAUUAGAAGCUGCUCUUAAUGGAGAUAAUCCAAUUUUAUGUGAAGGUAGUGCUGCUUGUGGUAAAACUUCCAUAAUUUAAUAUUUGGCUUAUAAAAAUAAUUAACCAUUAAUAAUAAUGAAUUUAAGUUCAUUUACUUAAAUUUCUGAUUUCAUAGGUAAAGUUGAAAUUCUACCAGGAUUUAAAUUUGAAUUUUAGCCUGGUCCUUUUGCUUAAGCUGUUUAGGAAGGUUUGUGGAUACUAUUGGAUGAGGCAAAUUUGGCAAGUGAUUCAAUACUCAGGGUUAUUGAAGAUGUUCUUGAACUUGGAUAUAUUACUUUAUAUGGUAGUUAAAUAAACUCUCAUAUAGAUUUAGUUGAUGGAACUUUAACAAUAAAAAAACAUUAAAAUUUUAAAUUAUUUUUAACUUAAAAUCCAGCAACUGAUUAAAAAUUUGCUGCUUCUAGAAAUGUAUUUUCUCCAUCUUUGAUGAGUUAAUUUAUUCCAAUAAAAUUUGAACCAAUGAGUAUGAAUGAUUUAAAUUUUAUAAUUGAUGAAAUUUUAGCAUAAAAAAUACAAGAAUUAAAAGAAGAGCCAGAAGAAAAGAUAUCAAUAUAAUAAUUAUCCUCUUUGAUUAUGAUGAUUUAUGAAGAAAUAAAAUUGAAAAAUAUGGAUGAUGGAUUAUUUACUUUAAGAGAUAUAGUGUAAAUUAUUGAUUUUAUUUUUGUUACUUUUUAAUAAGAUAAGUAGAAAAUUUUUGAAUUAUUACCUUUAAAAGAUUGCAUGAAAUUAAUCUCAACAUAAUUUAUUUAUUUAAAAAAAAAUCGUGAUUUAAUAAAUUAUUAAAUAGAUUAAAACAAAUUUAUUGCUAAUACAAUAGAUAGAUUUGAUUAAACUAAAGAUUAGAGAGAAUAAGAAAUUAGAAAUUGGAAUAAUACUCAAUAAUUAAAAUUUCUCUCAUUUCAUGAAACAUUAUUUUCAAUGUUAACUUUAUGUUAUAAAACAAAACGGGCAGCAUUAGUUGUAGGAUAAUAAUUUUGUGGAAAAUUAUCAAGCAUUCUUCUUUGGUUAAAACUUUAGAAUAUCUAAAAAUAUGAAAUAUUAGAAUUAUCAUCAAGUACAAAUGCAGAAGAUUUAUUUGGAAAAUAUUAACCAACUGCAAAUGGAUUUGAUUUCAUUAUAGGACCAGUCACUAGAUGCUUUCAUUAAGGGAAAGUUUUAAUUCUAACUAAUUUUGAAGCACCAGAUUGUGCCUUAACAGAAUCAUUAAAUGGAAUUUUGGAAAAAAAAUUUCUUUAAUUAUUAGUUUAGAAUGAAAAAUAUUAAAGACACUAAGAUUUUGCUAUAAUUGCAAUUUCAUCUGAUUUUGCAGAAUUGGAUAAAAAAUUUACGCCUGCUUUAAAGAGCAGAUUCUUAAGUAUAUUCUUAGAUUUUAAAGUAAAUAUAUAUGACAUAAUGUUAUUAUUUUAAUUAUCAAAUCUACCAUGUGAUAUGAAAUUUGUAAGUGAUAUUACUUCGAAAUUAAUAAAAUAGAAUGAUAGUAAGAUUUCAAAUAAUUUAGAAACAUAAAUUGAAUAAAUAUAAUUUAAUAAGAUAAUAAGAUUUUUAAAACCAAUAUAAGAAAUCUAAAAAUUUGCCCAAGCUUAAUUUAAUAUUAAUUUAUAACAAAAAGUUAUAGAAUGUAUUGAUUUCUUCAUUGCAUUAAGUUUAUAAGAUAAUUAAUAUCUUUUGAAUGAAAAAACAUAAGUGCCUCUUCAUUAUUAAGAAUUAUAAUCAAAUGAUUGUAAGAAAAAUAAUUUUAUUGUAACUUCAUCAAGGAAAAUAGUUACAGAUAUAAUUGCAAUAGCAGUUGCUGCUAAAAUACCUUUAGUUUUGUAAGGAACAGCAGGUGUUGGAAAAACAAAAGUAAUUUCUACAUUUUAAUAAACUUGUAAAUUAUUUGAAUCUACUUCUUUUCAUUAUAUAAAUUUGAAUUAAAAUACAGACAUUAAUGAUUUAAUGGGAUAAUUUGUAUCAUCUUGUAAUAAAGAUAAAAAAGAAUUUAUAUUAAAAAAAGGCCCAUUAUAUUUAGGUAUGGAGUAAGGUGGGAUAGUUUUAUUAGAUGAAGCUAACCUAUCAGAUGCUAGUAUACUUAAUUUUUUAGCAUCAGUUGCUAAGUAUCCUUCGGAAUUUUAAGAUCCUGUUUCAAAUUAAGUAAUAAAGGUACAUGAAAAAUUUAGAAUAUUUUUUGCUUAAAAUCCUCCAUCAUAUAAUUGUCGAACUGAACUUCCAUAAACAAUGGCUUCUAAAGUUAUAGUUGUUGAAGUUCCAAAUUAUAGUUAUGAAGAAGUAAUUAAAAUUUGUACAGAAUAAUAAUUGCAUAUGUAGAAAGAUUGUAUAAAAUAAGGUAUGGAAUAUUUUUUAACAACAUUAAUACCAUAUCCAUAAGAUGGUAAUGAAAAACUAUUGAAUUUUAAUGGAACAUAAUUUACUUUAAGAUAAUUCAUAAGAUUUAGAAACAGAUUAGAGAAAACAAAUUUUUCAACAAAAUAACCUAAUUGGGAAAAUAUUUUACAAUUACAUUAGAUGAUACUCUUUCCAAAAGAUGCCUCUGAAGAAUAAAAUUUAGAAAGUAAUAUCAAUUAAAAAUAAUAAUCAUUAUUUUUUUCUAUAAAGAAUCAUAAAGCAGAAUUAGAAAUAUCAUUUUAAAUUGGGAAAAAUUAUAAAAAAUAUUAAUCUGCAGAAUCAAAUCUCAAUUCUAAUUAAAGAUUAGUAUUAUGCAAAAUAGCAUUUUGCUGUUAUUUUAAGGAAAAUAUUUUAAUUACUGGUAGAACAUCAUCAAAAACAUACUUAUCUUAACUAUUUACUUAAUUAGUAGAGUUUUAAAAUCCUUAGCCAUUUGAAUUAAUAUAUAUUAGUUCUGAAACUGAGAUUACAAAUUUAAUAGGGAGUAUGGAAUCUCAUAAUCAAGAAUCUUAUGAAAAAUAUUGUUAGAAUUUAAUUCAAAAGCUAGAUGAUGAAGAAUAGAAAAUAAAUUAAAAUGGAAAAAAUAUUGAAAGUAUUUUUAAAGAAUUAAAUGAAAAAUAUAAUUAAAAAGAGUUCUUUGAUCAAGUUAUUAAAAAUAUUGGUAACCAAUUUCCCUUUAUUGAAAGAGGAUUAACAUUUAGUGCUAGAUUUGGUGGUGUUGCAUGUUUAAAAAAUAUAUCAAUGGCAGAUUAAUCUGUUAUAGAAGGAUUAAAUGCAUUAUUAGAAAUAGAACCACAUUUUAUUGUUAAUGGAUAAGAAAUUAAAUUAAAUAAUGAAUUUUUUGUGAUUGCAAUAUUAAAUACUACUUUUGGAGGUUAAUUAAGUGAUGCAUUAUAAUCAAGACUCACAAAAAUAAAAAUACAAGUUCCAUAACUAAUUAAUUCUUCAAAAAUAUUGGAUACUUCUUAUUAAAACUAUAUUCUUAGUAAAUUUUAAAAAAAGACAGAGAGUGAUUAAAUAAUUUAGUUUAUUUAGAAUCUUCUUAUUAUAACUAAAUAAUUUAAAGAGGUUUACUAUGAAAAUAUAUCUGAUAGAAAAUUUUAUUAAUGGAUGAGUUUUUUGGAUCUGGAUUUGGAUGCAACUAAUUUAUAAAAAUUAGCAUUAGGAUUUUAAUUUACAAUUUUGGAUAAAUAUAGAGAAAAUUAUGAAGAAAUUAUAAAGGAUACAGAUCUUAGAGAACAUUUCAAGCAAGCGGAAAAUAAAAUUUUUGAAAAAUUAAAAGAAAAAUAAUUUUUUAAUUCUUCAAAAAUAAUAGUAAACCCUUCUACUACAAAAAUAUUAUAAAGAAUAUAUUCAGCAAUUUCAACAUAAUAUAUUCCUUGUCUAAUUGGACCUCCUGGAGUUGGAAAAUCUGCAAUUGCAUAAGAAGUUGCUUCAAUAAUUAAAAAGGAACACUGCAGAGUUUGUUGUUCAGAUUCUUUAAGUGUAGAAGAUUUAUUCGGAUCUUAUGCACCAAAGAUUGAUAACAAUAAAGUUGUAUUCAUCUUUCAAGAAGGCUAUUUAGCUUAAGCAUUAUCUUAAAAAAGCUUAAUUUUAUUUGAUGAAGUUAAUUUAGCAUCCCCUGAAGUAUUAAGCACACUUCAGGCUUUAUUUAAUACAGAUGAUAAAGAGAUUAGAAUAAAAGAUAGUAGAUUAAAUAAAGAUAAAUGCGUAUUUCUAUGUUCAAUGAAUCCAUAAUCAUAUGAAGGGAGAUAAGUAUUACCUUAAUGUAUUUAAAAUUUAUUAUGUGAUGUAUAUAUUGAAGCAUUCAGUAUUGAUUAAGUUUUAGAUAUAUUUUAAUAGAGGUAUAAAAAUGAAAUAAAAAAUUUAUAAAAUGCUGGAAUUAAUUUUUAAUAAAUUUUAGAUUUACAUAAAGAACUUGCUUUAUUAGCAUCAUAAAAAUAAUAAUCAAAUUAUGACUUUAAUAUAAGAUUUUUGGAGAAUCUAUUAUAAUUAUUCAGUUAAUAAUUUUUAGAUUAGAGAUAAAAAUUAAGUGAUGAAAGACAUUAAUUAGAAUUAAUAAUUGUUUGUUUAGAUAUUAUAUAUGUAUAACACUUUUAUUAGACAGAAUUUACUAAACAAGCUUUAUAAAUAAUUUUAGAUAAGUUUGGAUUAAGUGAAGAUGAAUGGAUGAAUAGAAGAGUUUUUUUAGAGUAAAAUGCAAAUAUUAUUAAAAUAAGUCGAUAAAUAGGCAAAGAUUUUAAACCUAUAUUUAAUUUUGCAUUAUAAAAUUAGAUACAACCAUAAAUUUCAAAUAAUUCAUUUGUAAUAAACUUAUAAAAUUCAAGUAUUUUUGAAAAACUCUUUAUAGCAAUUCAAUCUAAAAAAGUAAUAUUAUGUUAAGGAGAUGUUUCAUCAGGAAAAACAUCAUGUAUUAUUAAAAUAGCUAAUCUUUUAAACUAAAGAUUUAUUUUGUUGCCAAUACAUUGUGAUUUAGAAACUGAUGAUUUGCUUGGAAAUUUUGCUUUAGUGAAUCCUAAUUAUGAUUAUAUUUAAUAAGAAUUAGAGAGAGUAGCUUUAAAAUAAAAAUCAAAAUUUAUUCUUAAUAUCUAAUAAAAAAAAGAAAUGAAUAUGAAAUAUAUAGAAGGAGUUUUAAAGAUUUGUUGCAAAUUUGGAUAUUGGUUAAUUUUAGAUAAUAUUAAUUUAGCAAGAGCUGAAAUAGUAGAAAGAUUAAAUUCUUUAGGAGAAGAUACACCUCGUUUAUUUAUUAAUGAAUUUGGAGACUCAAAUGCUUGUAUAAUUCCUCAUAAGAAUUUUCGUUUAAUAUGUUUAUAAAAUCCAUCUAGAUAAGACUCACAUAUAUUAUCCCCUGCUUUUUAUAAUCGAUGUAUUAAGAUUAAUUUCUAAAUUGAUCUUACAGAUAAUUAUAUUGAUAUUAUUGAGAUUUUAACCCGAAGUGGUUUAGGAUAAUAGCUUUAAUUAGAAGAUACUGUUAUUUUAGCAAGUAAUCUAUUGAAGUAAAUCACUUUUAUCAAAGAGCAGUCUUAGUGUUAAAUUAAUCUAAGAAGUGUUAUAAAAGCUUUUAGAAUGAUUCAAGAAAAUGGAGUAAAAUCUUAUGAUUAAAUUAUGGAAAUCAUUUUUGGAUCAGAUUUUAGAGAAUGCAAAAACCAUCCAGAUUUUCCAAUUUAUGAUUUUAGAUCUCAAACUGAAGUUGAUUCUUUUGUAGAUAAGUGUACGGAUACUAUCUUAAAUAAAUUAAUAUCUAAUUCUUUUUAAAUUGUAAAUUAUGAUUAAACUAGAAAAUUAUUAGAUUUAAAAAAUUUAAGCAAAUUCUUAAAAACACUAUUAGCUAAAAAAGACUUACAAAAUUAUUAAAAUUUUAUUGAAGGUAUUAGUAAAGAAAUUUUGUUGGUUAAUUGUUAAACAGAGAAUUAAUAUGAUUUAGGAUGUUAUGAAAUUCAAGUUAAUGGAGAUUUAAAUAUUUAAUUAUGUUUGGAAACUCUUAAAAUAUAACCUACCUUUUUGUCUUUGUACAUAAAAAACAAAGAAUUGUUAAAAUUUAUACUGAAAUCAAAAUGUUAAUUCUAGUAAUAUAUAUUUGUAGCUGAAGCAAGAUUAAAUUCUGAAGGCUAAUUGUUGAUUUAAUUUUAAUAAUCUAAUGAUAUAUCUUUGGUUCCUUUGAUUAAAUCUCUUAUAGGACCAUCUCAUUAAUUAUUUUUUAAGACUUUUAAACAUCUUUUAUCUAAAGCCGAUAUUGAAUGUUUAUUAUUACUAGAUCAAAAUACAGAAAUUUUCUUUAACUUCAAUUUAAAUGAUUAUACAUUUUCUAAUACAAAUUGUAAAUUUAAAGAUAUUUCUGGAAAAUUCAUCGUUAACAAGGAAAAUAUCACAACUUAAUUUUACCUAAGCUGUGAUUUACAUCUUGAAUUAAAUUAUUAUUUUAUUAAGAAAGGUAAAUUUGGUAGAAUCAAUGAUUUAAUUUCACUUAGAGGAGAAAUAUGUAUUCCAUAAUAAAAUAUAGUGUAAAUGUUUUUAGAUUAUGGUUGUUAUAGCUUAAUUUCUAAUAUCUAUGUUUCUCUUAGUGAAAAUUUUGUCCCAUAUUUAGAUCUUGAGGAAAAAAAUAUAAAAUUAUCCCUUGAGUGUGAAGAAUUUAUUCAAGUAUAUAAAUUACCAUUUUAGCUUAAAUUCAAUAAAAUAUUAAUAGAUAUUCUACUAAAAUAAUAAAUUACUAUAAAUGGAAAUAUUAAUUGUUCUUUUCAGAUACUUAAUUAAAAUAUUUGUAAUUUAACAGCAAUUAUUCAAAAGAAAAAAAUAUUAUUCUAAUUACUUGAUGGAUAAAACAAAAAUAAUUCUUAAAAAAUAUUAUAAUAAUUUCUUUUGAACUAUUUUGAUAAAGAUAACAUUUUUAUGUCUAAUCUUUCAUAAAAUAAAAAUACAACUAUAAAAUAAUUAGAAAUAAUUACUAAUUCAAUUUGUUGGAAUUAUUAAUUAAUUUUUGAAUUUAAUUGGAUAAUUAAAAUUUUUAAGAUUAUUGAUUUUCAAAUAAAAACUAUGGAUAUUUAUUGUCAUAUUGAUGAAAAAAAUAAAUAAUUUACAAUAUGUUUUACAGCUGAAAUUCUUAAAUUCAUAUUUGAAAUUGAGGUAGAGUUUGACUUUUUGGAUUUAUUUUGUUAAAAUAAAAAAAAGAUUUUACUAAUGAAAUUAAUAAAAGGAAAGAAUACCCCAAAGUUAAAAGAAAUAAUUGCUGCCUUAUCAACUGACUUGGAAAAACAAUUCUCAAAAAUUUAAGGAUUUGAAAAAGUGGAAACAAUUUAAUUUUAGUAAAAAGAGAGUUCUUAAUAGAUUUUUAAUUUAGAUGAAUUUAAAAAAUUAGGAUUAGGCCUUUAUAAUUAAUUUGAAAAGGAAGCUCAUUAGAUGCAAUCUCAUGAUUAUAAUUCUGAAGAAGUUAAAUUAUAAAAAGAAAAAUUUUAAUCUAAUUUAGAAUAAAAAAUAGAAUAAGAAUUAAAAAAAAAAUAACCAGAAAAUUACAAUUAGGAAGAGCCAGAAAAUGAAAAUGAAAAUGAGAAACAGAUUUAAGAAUCAGUUAUUAUAUGGGGUAAAUAAAUUAAGAUGAAAUUUAGAGUAGAUCUAUUGGAUUCAUGGAAAAUAUCUAAAUUCUUAUGUCUUAGUAAAUGUUAUUUAAAAAUUAUUGGUUUGAAUGAAAAUUUUGAGUUAAAUUUAAAAGGAACAAUAAUAUUUAUAGAAUUUCCUCUAGUUAAAUUUAAAAAUUUGUUGUCCCCAGAAAGCUCAUUCAAUUUAGAUAUAGAAAAAGAAAUUUUACUAAAAGAUAUUGAUCCUAUUACAUUUGGUUUUGGCUUGUUUGGACUUUAAUUCGAAGAAAUAUAAAUAAUUCCAAAAGUAAAUAAUAUUGUCAAAUUUUAUUAUGACAUGCAAACUAAUGAAUUUGAAGGGGAUUUGUAAUAUUAGAAUUUUACUAAUUAAUAUCAUCAAUCUGGUUUAGAAUUUUUAAACAUUUAAUUAAUUUUUAAUUAAUAUAGAGAUAGAAGUUGUUAUGCGAAUUUAAAAAUAAGAACAGUUUUUUUUCAGUAAUAAAUAGAUUUUCUUUUAGAAUUUUAGGACUAUUUAUAUUAAGAACAAAAGACAUAACUAAAAAUAAAUUCUUAUGAAAUAAAAAAUUUUAAUCUUAAUUAAUUCAUAAACAAUAGUGUAAGAAUAAAUAUUAAUGAAUAAGAAGCAAAAUUUGAGGUAAAUCGAUUUACAUUUAUUUUACUAUUAGAAAAGAAUCAACAGUGGUAAUACAUUGUUCAAUUACUAAUUGAUGAAAGUUCAUGCAAAAUUUUAGAUUUCAUAGAAUUAUAAUAAUUGAAUGGUUAUUUAGAUUAUAGGAAUAAUAAUUGGGAAUAAAGUUGUUUAUCAGGAAAAUGUUACAUAAAAAAUAUUUUUUUGGGUACUUUUGAUCUAAAAUUGAAUUAGAAAAAGAGAGGGUUUUAUUGUGAUUUUCAAUAUCAUAAAGAUUUUAAGUUGAACAAAUUUUUCAGAUCAUUUUUCAAGAAAUAAAUUGAUCUCUAUUGUUUUAGAAAAAUAAAUUUUGAUAAUCUAGAGAUUGAGUUGGAAUUGAAUCAUAAUUGUACUCUAUUUACCUUUUUUUAUGAAGUGAAGGAAUAUAGUUUAACAAAUUAUUUAAUGUUGGAAAAUAUUAACACUUAUUUUUCUAAUGAAGAUGAUAAUGAUUAUCGAGAAUUAAUAUUGAGAUUUGAUUUUAAGUUGUGUGAUGAUUUUAAGUAAAAAAAUUUAAGUAUAGAUCUUUUAAAAGACACAUAAAAUUUUGUGUCAUAAUUUGAGCUAGAGUAAUUAGAUUUACUUAAAUUUUUAUAAAAGUUGAAUUAGUAUUUUGAUUUUUAGAUACCUCUAUAUGAAUAUUUUAAAAAUCUAAAGUUGAUGUAAAUGAAAUGUAAUUUAACAUUAACAAAGAAUUGUAAAUUUUAAAGUCUAAUUAUUGAGAAUUAACAUAUAUUAUCAUGGAAAAAUUUAAUAGUUUAAUUCAAAUAAGUUGAUCUAUAAUUGUAAUUAGAUUCAUAAUAAAAAUUAAAAUUGAAUUUCGAAGUAGAGAUUUUUAACAUUCCAUUUUCUAUUUAAUAUGACUAAUCCAAUACAGCAUUUAAAUUUAUAAUAAAAGAAACAAAUCAACUAAGUGCAAAAGAAAUAUUUGCCUAAAUUGAGUAAAUAAAAAAAAUUUAAUUCUAUGAAAAGUUACUUGACGAAUUUUCAAUAACAGAUUAAAUACUCUAAUUAAUUGAUUUAAGUAGUAAAAAUAACAAUAUAUUCCUCAAAUUAUAAUAAUCAUAUUAUAAUAUCAAUCUUUAUUAUAACUUUUUAUCUCAAACUUUAAUUUUCUAAUAUGAAUUUGAUAAUAAAAAGAAGUUUCAAGAUAUUAUUUCACAUUUAUCAUAAUUAGAUUAUGUAUUGAAAUUAGAAAAUGCCGACUGCUUGAUCAUAUAUACAAGUGAAAAAAACAAGACAGAUAUCACAUAAUUACAAGAAAAUACCAGUUAUAAAAAUUAUUUGAAAUUUUUUGAAUAGUAAUAAAUUUCUAAACCAGGAAUUAGUUGUUUUGCAGAUUGUUAAACUCAAAUCUCAUCACAUCAUUAAUAAACAUUAAUAUUUCUACAAAAAAAAAUUGAUUUAUAAAUCUCUUACUAAGAAGGUAAAUUUAUUCUUGCAGAAAGUCAAGAUACAUACUAUAAAAAUGUAAAUUUUAAUUGCCAAUUUAAUAUUAAGUUAUAACAUAAAAAUUAUUUUUAUAUUUAAUUAGAGAUGAAAUAAUUUUAUCGAGAUUUUGGAAGCCUAAUGUAUAAAGGUCAGAUAAAAGUUGAUAAUAAUUCAUUAGAAGGUUAGUUAGAUCUAUUAUAUAAAGAGCCUUUUGCAAUAAAUGGGAUUGAGUUUAAAGGAUAAUUUUAAUUAAAAGUUAAAGAAUAGAAGAUAAUUUAAUCUGUUGGAAGUUUAACAGGAAAAAUACAUGAUAAUGAUGUCAAUGUCAUUCUUUUUAAUUAUGAUAAUUUUAUUCCAAAAGCAUGGGCUGUUGUUAUUUCUAAUACAAAUUUUUACAACUCAUUAUAAAUAUUUGGUAUGAAUAGAAUUUUCCCAAAAGAUUUUGAAGAAAUAUUUGAAAGAACACAAAGAAUAUUGUUUAUCCAUGGGCAAAUAGAUAUUGAUCUUAAAAAUCCUAAUUUUCCUCCAGAAUUAAUGUAGAAAUUAUCGGAUACUAAAUUUUCAAUACUUUUGGAAAAAUUUGGUUCUCUUGAUUUUUCAAAAUUUAAAAUUUAAUUUAAAGAUUUAGAAACAACACCUAUAUCUUGGAAAAGUUAUAGUCCUGUUUUCAUAAUGAUUAAAGACGAAGAAGAAAAUUAAAAUUUUGUUUCAUAAACUUCUCUAUUAUUCAAUAAUGGAAAUACAUUUAUUGGAAAAGGCUAACUGAAAUUUUAUUUUUCAAAUUUAUUAACAGAUUGCGAUCUAACUUACAAAAUUGAUGUAUUAACAGGGAAGUUUGAUUGUGAUGCAGAUUUCUCUAUUGAAAUAUUUGGAUUCAAACAAAAAUUAAUGUCAAAAUACAUAUUAGGGUAAGGUUUUCCUCUAAGUUUUAAUUUAUAAAAGGAAAUAUAUUUUUUAGAAUUUAAUAUAAAUUACUUUUUACAUAAAAUAAAAGGAAGUAUUGAAUUAAAUUUGUUUAAAGAUAUUACUAAAUGGAUAUAUAUAAAUAAAUUGGGUUUUGAAUUUGGUUUUGAUCUUACAUAUUUUACUCUUGGCAUUUAAUGUAAUUUUAUUGUAUCUUUUAAAUUUGAAAACAGCGAAAAGGAAUAUAAUUACCGUAAGCCAGUUGAUUGGAAUUGGUAGGCAAUUAUGGGUAUAUUAAAUAAUUGUAAUGGUUUAAAAUAUUAUCUAAUUAAAUUAUUUAAAAAUAUAGAUUUAAGUUUUGACCUCUUUAGAAUAAAAUGGUUUUUAGGAUUGAAAAUAAAGCUUGAUGAUUAUUAUACAAAAUAAUAGAUAUAUAAUCGCAAAACAGAACUUUAGGCUUUGUUUAAAAGUAGUUUUGAUGUCGAUAUUUCUGAUGAACUAAAUAAAAUUGAAAAAGAAGUAGAUUAUUAUGAGCAAUAAAUAAGAGAAGCAGAAGAAAAAGAACGUGAAAAAAUACAACAAGAAAAUAACAAAAAGGAUUAAUAAGAUAAUAGUAAUGAAUCUAAAAAUUAAAAUAAUCAACCAAAAGAUAAUUAAAAAGAGUCGAACCAAAGUUAAAAGCAAUAGCAUCUAAACCAAAAAGAUGAUCAAAAAAAUUAGAUAAUAAAAUAAAAUUAAACAGUUUAACAAAAUCAAGAAUAAACAUAGAAACUAUCAUAAAGUAAAAACAAUGAAAAAAAGGAAAAAGAUAAAGAAAAAGUUUAUAUCGAUGAAUAAACAAAUAAUGAUAAGAUGGGAUUAAAAAGAUCAUCAUCACCCAAUAAUACUGACAGAUAAUCAACAUCAUAAUCAAAUUCUAAUAAAUAAUAAUCGACAUAAUCAUCAAAUGAAAAUAAUAAAUAAUAGUCAUCAUCAUCAAAUUAUAAUUGUGGAUAAGAAACAGAAAAAUCAUCAAAUUAAAAUAAUAAAUAAUCAUCAUAAUAAUCAUAAUCAUCAAAUUCUAAUAAUGAAUAAUCAAAAUCAUCACCAAACUAAAAUAAUAAAUCUUCGACAUCAAAUUCUAAUAAUGGAUAAUCAAAAGUAUCAUAGAAUUAAAAUAAUUUAUAAUAAAAAUCCUCAUCAAAUUCUAACAUUGAAUAAUCAUCAUAAUAUUCUAAUAAUUAAUAAUAAUAAACAGUAAAAUCAUCAAAUUCUAACAAUAUUUAAUCAACAUCAUCAUCAAAUUCUAACAAUAGAUAACCAACAUCAUCAUAAAAUACUAAUAAUUAAUAAUAAUAAACAGUAAAAACAUCAAGUUCAAUAAAUAUAUAAUCAUCAUCAUCAUCAAAUUCUAACAAUAUUUAAUCAUCAUCAUCAUAAAAUACUAAUAAUUAAUUAAAAUAAACAGUAAAAUCAUCAAAUUCUAAUUAUGGAUAAUCAUUAUCAUCAUCAAAUUCUAAUAUUGGAUAAUCAAUAUCAUCAUCAAACUCUAAUAUUGGAUAAUCAAUAUCAUCAUCAAAUUCUAAUAUUGGAUAAUCAAUAUCAUCAUCAAAUUCUAAUAUUGGAUAAUCAUCAUCAUCGAAUUCUAAUAAUGGAUAAUCAAUAUUAUCAUCGAAUUCUAAUAAUGGAUAAUCAAUAUCAUCAUCAAAUUCUAAUAAUGGAUAAUCAUCAUCAUCAUCGAAUUCUAACAAUAUUUAAUCAACAUCAUCAUCAAAUUCUAAUAAUGGAUAAUCAACAUCAUCAUCAAAUUCUAAUAUUGGAUAAUCAUCAUCAUCGAAUUCUAAUAAUGGAUAAUCAAUAUCAUCAUCAAAUUCUAAUAAUGGAUAAUCAAUAUCAUCAUCAAAUUCUAAUAAUGGAUAAUCAUCAUCAUCAUCGAAUUCUAACAAUAUUUAAUCAACAUCAUCAUCAAAUUCUAAUAAUGGAUAAUCAACAUCAUCAUCAAAUUCUAAUAUUGGAUAAUCAUCAUCAUCGAAUUCUAAUAAUGGAUAAUCAAUAUCAUCAUCAAAUUCUAAUAAUGGAUAAUCAAUAUCAUCAUCAAAUUCUAAUAAUGGAUAAUCAUCAUCAUCAUCGAAUUCUAACAAUAUUUAAUCAACAUCAUCAUCAAAUUCUAAUAAUGGAUAAUCAACAUCAUCAUCAAAUUCUAAUAUUGGAUAAUCAUCAUCAUCGAAUUCUAAUAAUGGAUAAUCAAUAUCAUCAUCAAAUUCUAAUAAUGGAUAAUCAAUAUCAUCAUCAAAUUCUAAUAAUGGAUAAUCAUCAUCAUCAUCGAAUUCUAACAAUAUUUAAUCAACAUCAUCAUCAAAUUCUAAUAAUGGAUAAUCAACAUCAUCAUCAAAUUCUAAUAAUGGAUAAUCAUCAUCAUCGAAUUCUAAUAAUGGAUAAUCAAUAUCAUCAUCAAAUUCUAAUAAUGGAUAAUCUAUUUCAUCAUCAAAUUCUUAUAAUGUAUUAUCAACAUAAUCCUCAAAUUCUAAUAAUGGAUAAUUAAUAUUGUCAAUAAAAUCUAAUAAUGGAUAACCAACAUCAUCAUCAAAUUAGAAUGAUGAAUAUUCAAUAUCAUCAUCAACUCCUAAUAAUGAAUAAUAAACAGUAAAAUAUAUUACAAAUUCUGAAUCAUAAUAAACUACAAUAUACCAAUUAUAAUUGACUUAAACCAAUGAAAAUACAAAUACUAACAUAUCACAUAACUAAACAUAAUCAAACUAAAUUAUUUUGUGUUCAAAUAAUUUAAAGAAAUAUAUUUUUGAAGAUUAUUUUGAUUCAAAUAUUUAUUUAAAAACUAAACUAACAAAAUCUUAAUAAAAAAAAAAAAAUACUAAAAGUUAGAAAUCUAAACCAUUAGAACAAGAAUAAGAAAUUAAUAACAAUACUGAAAUAACUGAUUAUAAUAAAUUGCUUUUCAAAGCUGAAUAACAACUAUAUUAAUAAUGGUAAGAUUCAAAAUAAACCAAGAAUGAUAUAAAAAAUUUAUCCUUUAGAAUAAUAAUUACAGAGUAAUAUUUAGAAUAAUCAUAUAUUUAAUAUAUUGGAUUAUUAUUAUUGCAAUUUUCUUAUCUUAAUUUAACUUAUGAUAUAAUCUUAUCAGGAUAGAAUCAAGCAAUAUUUUUAAAACAAAAAGAGGAUAAUUUAACUUUAAUUCUUUUAGAUUCAAUAUUGCAUGCAAUACAUGGAUAAUGCAAUAAGGAAUUUAUAUUAGUCAAUGAAGAUAUCUUAUCUGAAAAUGAUUUUAUAUUAUUAUUAACUAAACAAUUUUUGGAAAUGUCAAAUUAAUGUAAAGAGGAAUUAUUGAAUCAAGGGUUCACUACAAUUAUUUAAAGUUAAGAUGAAUUUGAUUUUAAUAUUAUAGAAGUAUAAAAUGGUCAAACAAUCAGUAGUUUAAAAAAUUUAAUAGAAUUGUUAAAUUAUAUUGUAGAAAAUUAGAUAAUAAAGAUAAAAUAAAUUGACUAAAAUCUUUUAGACUAACAAAAAGUAAAAUAAUAUAAAUAAGAAUUUGAACCCUAACUUGAAUCAAAGGAAGCCAAUAGUAUAAAAGCAUUGUUAGAAGUAAGUAAAUUUACAAAAUAUUCUCUAUCUUCAAAAGGAACGACUAUAGAUAUCAAAGGUAUCAUUAAAUUUUUUUGCACAAAUGGAACUGCUAGGGACAUUAUGAAGAGAAAAAAUAGAGGAGGAAAGUCAUUUUAUUUUUUUUAGGUUGUUUUAGAUUUAAGUUAACUAGAAUAGGAUACCUUAUCAUAAAUCCUAUUACCAUUUUUACUCCAAUUUAUAGAAAUAUGUAAGUAAUGUUAACUAGUAUGCAAUUUAAUCAUUUUAGAUCAUACAACAAAGAUAAUUAAAUCAAAUUUUUCAACAUCAUGGACUGAGUAGGAAUAAACAUUAUUAAUAUAAAGCUUAAUUAAUUAUUCUAAUGAAACUUCAGUAAACCAGGAUCAUGAUCAAUUUUAAUUCAUACUUGAUUAAUUUUAAAGUUUCAGCAAAUAUAAAAAAUAUUUGUUAUUCAUUAAUCACUCCUUCUAUACUUAUUCAUGUCAAAACCUUUAAUUAUAACUUAAUAUGGCUUAGUAAAUGCAAAUAAAAAUAAUUUCUUUGGGAUUAGAUUUAAAAAAAUAUAUCAAUCAUUCAUUAGGUGGAGUUAUCUAAUUUCCACUCACAUAAUAAAAUAGUGCAUAUUAAAUUAUAACAAAUUUAUUGUAGAAAGAUUAUGAGGCUCAGAUAGUUGAUGGUACCUUUUAGUUCUAUUAAAAUAUGGAAAAAUAUCCAAAUACACUAGAACUUUUAUAAGUAUCAUCUGAAGAUAGUUAAUAUAAUUGUUAUUUGAAUAAAUAUUUCAAUUAUAUACAAAGCGAAGAAUCCAAUAAAGAAAAUGAUUAAGCAUCUAAUGAAGUAUAAAAUGAAGGAUAAAAUGGAGAUGAAUCUUUGAUUAGAUUAACAAAAUUAGAUUUAUUCUUAAAUUUACUAGUUAAGCUGAAUGAACUAUAAUAAUUGAUGUAAGGUAUAUAAAAGAAGGAUUCUGAUUAAUAAAAAAAUUAGAAUACAUGA